AUGCAACAGCAGCAAGAAGAUAUGAUGAGGAACUCGCCAACGCAUGGGUCAUCGGGAGGGCAUUACCGUCAUUUCGACACCAUUUUGUCUCCCCUCGCCAAAACCGGCACCGGAGGAGCUUCCAACAGAUCCUACGCUUUCUUCUCCCUCUUCCUCUUCCUCCUCCUUGGCGCGUUCCUCUACACGCGCCUCCUCCUCGACCCCUCCGUUUUGAUCGAGAAAGAAACGGUGGCCGUGACUGAGAGACAAACGACGAAAUCCCCAAAUUACCCUCAGUCCACUAAGCUCAUUACGGAAAAGCCAAAAGAGUUCACGUUAAACUGCCCCACUUUCUCCGGCACCGGCAACGAGACUGUAACUUGCCCAAGAAACAACUUCCCGACGAGUUUCCGACCCGGCCCAGGAGAAAAUGACUCCGACCGUUCUCCAUCCGCCACGUGUCCCGACUAUUUCCGCUGGAUCCACGAGGAUCUACGGCCGUGGGAGAAGACAGGGAUCACGAGGGAAGCGUUGGAGCGCGCCAAUGCGACGGCGAAUUUCCGGCUGGCGAUCAUAAACGGGAGGAUCUACGUCGAGAAGCUCCGGGAGGCUUUUCAGACGAGAGACGUGUUCACGAUCUGGGGAUUCGUUCAGCUCCUAAGGAAAUAUCCGGGGAAGAUACCGGAUCUCGAGCUGAUGUUUGACUGCGUUGAUUGGCCGGUAGUGAAGGCGGCGGAAUUCUCCGGAGUUGAUCAGUCAACGCCGAUGCCGCCGCCGCUGUUCCGUUACUGUGGGAACAACGAAACGCUCGACAUUGUAUUCCCUGAUUGGUCCUAUUGGGGAUGGGCUGAGGUGAAUAUAAAGCCAUGGGAGAGUCUGUUGAAAGACCUCAGAGAAGGGAACCAGAGAAGCAAAUGGGUAGACAGAGAGCCUUAUGCGUACUGGAAAGGGAAUCCGACUGUCGCUGAGACGAGACUAGAUCUUAUGAAAUGUAAUCUCUCCGAGGAAUAUGAUUGGAAAGCUCGUUUGUACAAACAGGACUGGGUCCGGGAAUCGAAAGAAGGUUACAAGCAAUCAGACUUGGCGAGCCAAUGCCAUCACAGAUACAAGAUUUACAUAGAAGGGUCUGCUUGGUCGGUGAGUGAGAAGUACAUUCUGGCUUGUGACUCGGUGACUUUGCUGGUGAAACCUCAUUACUACGAUUUCUUCACACGAGGUAUGUUUCCUGGUCACCACUAUUGGCCCGUCAAGGAAGAUGACAAAUGCCGCUCCAUCAAAUUCGCCGUUGAUUGGGGCAACAUGCACAUGCGAAAGGCACAAGACAUUGGAAAGAAGGCGAGUGAGUUUGUGCAGCAAGAACUCAAAAUGGACUAUGUGUAUGAUUAUAUGUUCCAUCUCUUAACUCAAUACUCUAAACUCCUCCGGUUUAAACCCGAGAUUCCUAAGAACGCCACCGAGCUCUGCUCAGAGGCAAUGGCGUGUCCAAGGGAUGGAAAUGAGCGGAAAUUUAUGAUGGAAUCACUUGUGAAACGUCCUGCGGAGACUGGUCCUUGCGCUAUGCCACCACCGUAUGAUCCGGCGUCGUUUUUCUCGGUUUUGAAAAGGAGAGAGAGUACGGCUAGUAGAAUCGAACAGUGGGAGAGGAAGUACUGGAGGAAGCAGAACCAGACCGGUUCGUAA